AUGCCUCUUAUUUCAACGAAUCCACAGCAGGCAGAAAGCGCUAAUUCAUUGAAACCACAGAAUGCAUGCAUUGAAGCACCUGAGCAAAGAGACUGUUGUCCUCCUUUACUUACUCCUUCUUCGGAGCCAGUUCAGGAACCAGUGAACGUGGAUACCGUUGAACCUACGCCUAUUACAUCCGAGAUGUCAUCGUCGUGCCUACCAUCUAACACU